AUGGAUGCAGAUACUGUCGUCGCUGGAACAAAACAUGUUGCCGGAAUAGACGAGCUGACGUCGUCGGACUCGCUUUUGAUUCAACUUGGCGGCGGAGGUUGCGCAAAUGCUCAGGAUGUGUAUGAAGUUGGCCUCUCGAAGGGCUACGGUGGCUGCCCCUCAGGAAACUAUAAUUUUUCCAGCACAUCACCCUAUGACAUGUUUGGCAAGGAUUACGCCGCAUCAUCUUCUUUAAGCCGCUCCUAUGGGGCUUCGCGGCAUGGGAGCGGUGCUCUGGCGGCCUUUGCAUCAUCCAAUAGUUAUGGGGCAUCAAGCAGUCGGACGAGGCCAGGAUACACUGCUCCAACUUCUAGUGCCGGCGGUGGAAGUGGUAGCACGUCCGUGGCAAACCGCUAUCUCCGUAACGUGCGCAAGGACUCUGACGUAUCAGCGCCACGAACUAAGGCCGAGGGCAAUGUCUCCAGCCCCGAAUUUAAGGUAAUGACCAACAGGGGUACUUGGACCGAGGAUUCAGGCGCAAGCGAAGGUCGAACCUGGAGCAUCUCGGCAACCACAUCACAAAAGGUCGAACACCUUCCCUCCAAGUCUCGUGUCCAAGACCAUGACAGCCAGACAACAGAUGACAUAUUUCUGCCUUCUACCAAGCCUCCCGCGAAAACGCCUGAGUCGCCUAAACGCCUGAACAUCGGUGGACGCUAUGCACGCCAGCGAGAAAAGAAAAUGGAGGCGGAUAGACUGCGUCAACAGAUUUUGGAGGAGGAACGCGAAGAGCGACGCCUGCGCCAGAUGCUGCGAAAGGCCACCUGGGAGAAGGAUGAGAAGCGCAUUCGCGAAGUGGACGAGGAGAUCCAGCGCCUGAAGCAAAAGAAGGCCCGUCGUGAGGCCGAGGAGAAGGCUGCAGCCGCACAGAAACCCCACGGCCAGACGACGCCAGUUAAUAAUGUGUACACUCUCUCGCCCUACACCGACUUUGAUGAGUUCAUGAGGAUACAGUUGCAAUCGAAAAGCCCAAAGCAGGCCAAAAGUCCGAGAGCAAAGGCGAGAUACGAGUGGGCUUACGCGAGGUAUCUUGAUGUGGAUUUACCCGAGGAAGAGGAGGAGGAGGAAGAGGAAGUCAAGGAGGGCAGCAUGACGAUUGUGUAUAAGACGAAGAGAGCCAAGGAGCUGUUUGAUGUGAUGCCUGCAGAAUUGCAGAACAUAGUAGUUCGGGCACAGAGCAGACCUCUGAGAUUUUCUGCAGUCAUGGACAUUUGUAUCAGGGAGAAAACUGUGAAGGAGCUCAGCAAAGAGGAGGAACAUGACUUCCAGGGAUAUAAGACAGCUGCGGAUCUGCUGGAGAAUCUGGGAACGGACUUGAUAAAGGUCAGUCUAACCUCAGCUGCCCUUUUGCUUGUGUAA